UGCAUCACCAGCAGGGCAGCCCUGAUGACCCUUGUUCUGAGAGCGGAGGUUGUGGAUGAUGUCCUAAAUGUGGUCGUCUGGAUGCUGACACGGACUUCAAAACAUACUCAAUGGUUCCUCCCCACAAGCAUCAUGCAAGCCGUACUCGAAGGCCGUACGCUUACCUCAGGCACUGUCACCUCGCUUCGUAACAACUACAUGCGGUGCAAGGUGGACAGGGUCACGAGGAUACAUCAACGAUGUAGUGUGAUGGUCACUAGUAUCUCAUGAUAAUUGAUGUGCCCCGCAUGAAACUCAUUUACCUGGACUCGCUUCGAGAUCCUGCUCAAGCAUAAGCAAGGAAGAUCGGCAUGACGUGCGUGGCAUUGUACCUUGAAGGGCUGACGUUGCGACGGUCUUGGCUCUCCGGCAACUGCUCCAUUCGACCCAGGUUUUCUACAUUCGAUUUCGAAGAGCCUAAAGUGCCCCAACAGGAUCGGAAAUCAAUGGACUGCGGUGUGUGUGUGGCACAGUGGAUGAUUAGGGACCAUCUGUGGCAGGAUUAUAAUGUUCAGAACGUUAGCAACGCAACGCGUAUGCGCUUGGCGGUAGAUCUGGUGAUGAAGUUGCACAACGACAUGGCUAGGGACAUCGUUGCCAAAGCCGUUGCUCACUGGCAAGUGGAGGCCACGUAGCCAUCGCCUUUGAAAAAGGUUCCGGUCUUAUACUGUGUGCGUACCCUUUUUUGGUGCAUCUCCAACAAGCGUGUGGCCAUUUUGGAACAACAUGGAGCCCCCACGUUAGGUUCAUAUUUGGGUUGCAUACAGCACUUUUGGAGGUCAAAUGACCAAUUUUU